AUGCUGAGUUGUGACCCGGCUGCGAUGAUCGACAGCGCAUGAGAGUCGGGAGAGGAAGCUCGGCGACACAGACCGGCCUGACUCAGAGAGGACCGCGCUGGGCUUCGGCAGGAAUUGAAUCCCCUGCCCCCGGCUCGGCCUGGAUCGGGGCAGCGCACAUUUUGGAUCAGUCCGGGUGGAUUUGGAGUUGAGUAAAAAGGAGCAAGCAAGAGGCUCCUGUGUGAGCUUGUUUGAGAUGAUGAGAAAGAACUGCCCUGUUUCAACAUGCCUAGAAAGACUCCCUGAGAAUGCUUGCCGUCAUCCACGUGCUGGCUGGAAACAGGCUGUGCUUUCUGUGGAUGAGAGAGCAAGACGGUGGUGGGCAGAGCAGAGCCCUGCUGGUGACAGAGGUAUGACCUCGCCUCGUGGUUUCAUAUGCACCACGAGUCAGUCGCCUAGUUCCUCCAGACGUAGUCCCUCAGAACAUCUCGCAGCAGACAGAGGGCCAGUGAGGGGAGGUGAGAAGGGUGAGUUCAAGGAAGAGAGAGAGAGGACCUGUUGAGGAGAAGAGGCAUCAUGCAGUCGGAUGACCUCUUCAUUCGUAAAACUCCGCCGGCAGAGCCCGCGCCCACCACUGACCACACGUGAACUUGGACCCCAAAACGUGAAAGCGGCGUGCGGACGCGCGUGGUGGCCGAAUGGCCUCCCAGGAGAGAGGGCGAGGGCGCGGAGUUGGAGAGCAUGACGCCCAGCAGGCGGGGUUCAACCUGACGUUCGGUUCGGCCGGGGCCACAUCAUGCAGCGCAGCAACAGUGACGUGACCCUGGGUGACCUCGAUGCGGCAGGGAAGGCCGGGGUCAAAGUGGCCCGUGUCAGCAGUGAGAAGACGGGACCGGGGGGUCAGGGCGAGCCUGGCAUAGUCCUCCACCGUGAGUACGGGAGUCUCUCAUCGCUGGAGAGGCAGAGUCACCCAUCAGAGCCCAGCACAGAAGAGCAGGGAGUUCUCAGUCCCAGCGCGCUAACGCUUUCAAGGAUCCAUUCCUGCUGCUGGGACUCCAGGAAAACCCUCCCGAGCCGGAUGGCUUUUUCCGAGCCCUGUCGGCGCCCGCCGGCGACAGUCAAAAGCCGGCCAAGCCCCCGAAGCCUGAAGGACUGGUAAAGAAGUCAAAGCCGGGAUCCUCCCAGUCUCCACUCAUGCCGUGCGAACAGGCCGGUGGGGGCACGUGGGUGCGCAACUUCGCCCACUACGACGUGCAGAGCAUCCUCUUCGACCUGUUAGAGGCGGCCACGAACCGUGACAGCGUCGGCCGCAAGAAAAACAUCACCUCCGGGGCGUCGGCUGCCUCCCAGCACCGUCCCCUCAACCAGGCGGUGCCCUCUUCGCCCUCUCAAGGUGUUGGGGGCGGGACGGGGGGUGGGUCAGGCGCUGAAGACCCUGAGCAUUCCCUGCUGGAUGAGGGGGACGGGAACGACAACGACCUGCUCUUGAGCUGCCCGCACUUCCGCAAUGAGAUGGGGGGGGAGGAGAGGGUGGGUUUGGGGUCUCCGCGAAGCUGCGGCGGCCGCUGGAGGAGCCUACAAAGCCCCAACGACGCUGUAUCUGUGUUAGAGGAGCCCCGGGAGAGCCACGUGAAGCAGCAGGGCAAGAGCAACUACUUCAUAGAGCAUGCGGACCUGGGGGCACGCUACUACCACAAGUAUUUUUACAUGAAAGACCAUCAGAAUUUCUUCGGCAUGGACGAACGUCUGGGCCCAGUGGCCAUCAGUUUCCGCCGGGAGGAGAAGGAAGGGUCCAGCGGAGCGCAGUACACCUACCGGAUCAUCUUCAGGACCACGGAGCUAAAGACCCUUCGAGGCUCCAUCCUAGAAGAAUCCGUGCCAUCUGGUGCACGCCACCCCACCACUAGGGGGCUGUCUCCUAAGAGACUGUUGGAGUUCAUUCUCCCGGACCUCAACCUGCAUUGCCUCAGACUGGCCUCCAACUAUCCCAAAGUGCGGGACACGCUGCUCAAGCUGGACGAGCAAGGGCUGAAUUUCCAGCGUAAGGUCGGGGUAAUGUACUGCCGGGCAGGGCAGAGCACAGAGGAGGACAUGUAUAAUAACGAGAGCUCCGGGCCAGCGUUUGACGAGUUCCUGGACCUGCUGGGGGAGAGAGUGAGACUGAAGGGUUGGGAGAAAUAUCGAGCCCAGCUCGACACUAAGACGGAUUCCACGGGGACACACUCCCUAUACACGCGCUAUCAGGACUAUGAGAUCAUGUUCCACAUUUCCACCAUGCUCCCGUACACUCCCAACAACACACAACAGCUCCUGAGGAAGAGGCACAUAGGUAACGAUAUCGUGACGAUAGUCUUCCAGGAACCCGGGGCUUUGCCGUUCACCCCCAAAGCCAUCCGCUCGCACUUCCAACAUGUGUUCAUCAUCGUACAAGUGCAUGAGCCCUGCACGGAGAACACCUACUACAGGGUUGCGGUGACCCGCUCCAAGGACAUCCCUCUGUUCGGACCCCUCUUUCCCAAAGGUGCCCGCUUCCCCCGCUCACUAGCUUUCCGUGACUUCCUGCUCGCCAAGGCCGUGAAUGCAGAAAAUGCCGCUGAGAAGUCGGAGAAGUUCCGCUCCAUGGCCACGCGCACUCGGCAGGAGUACCUGAAGGACCUGGCUGAGAACUACGUCACUACCACGCCCAUAGAAUCUUCCACCAAGUUCCAACUGCUGUCGCUCGGUGGGAAACGCAAGGACAAGCUGAAGGGGGCCAAGGGGGCAGAGCUCCACAGCGCCGGGGCCCUAGUGUGGGCCGUCAGCGCCAUCCAGGAGAAUGGUGGCCCAAAGCUUCCUUGCCUGUUGGGCGUGUCUGCCGAAUCGGUGGUGCUGAUUGAACGCUGCACCAAGAUGGUUGUAUUUAACUGCUCGUGCCGUGACGUGAUUGGCUGGAAGGCAGUGUUGGAGGCAGGGGCUCAGGGCGGACCUUGUCUGGAUAUCUUUUACGAGAGGGGGGAGGCCGUGUCAAUUACUGUGAUGGAGAACCAGGCAGAAGAUAUUAAAGAGAUGGUGCAGAGGCUUGAGCUGGUGACGCGGGGCUGUGAGGCACGGGAGGUGACCCCCCUGCGGGACAGCGUGGGCCAGCCGGGCUUCCUGAUGAGCGAGGAGGGCUUCGUGACAGAGCUGCAGCGCUUCGGCUACGCAGAGAGCGGCGGCCUCCAGAUGGGGGCGCGCGUGGUGCGGCUCUGCGGCCAGGCCCUGGUGCACCUCACCCAGGAGGAGAGGAGCCGGCGCUUGCGCACCGCCCCCAAGAUCCACAUCACCGUCAUUCCGCCCGAUGAGAACGGCAAGCCGCGCAGGAGCUUCUCCGAGCUCUACCAGAAGUCCAUCCAGGACGCGGAGAGCAAGUCCGGAGAGGGCCAGCCAGGCGAGGCCUGGGUCCUGGAGGAGGCAGAGGAAGAGGAGGACGAAGGCAGAGAGGAGGCGACCGAGCAGGAGGAGCAGGAGCAGGUCAAAGAGGAGGAGUCCUUAACCGUGGCACUGCCGGCCAGCGAAGGCGAGGUGGAGAGCAGAGCUCCAGGCGAGGGGGAGCACAGCAGCCUGCUCUCCCCACCCAGCCUGCCUCUCCACCGGACUGCCUCGCUGCAGGACAGCCCCCAGCCCCAGGGCCAAGAGAUCACAGCCUCCUGUCUCACACGCAGCUACUCACUGGAGAGACAUCUGCACUACCGGGACAUCUGUGAUGGUCAUGUGUAUGAUAACGUUGGGAUAAAGGUGAACAAGCAUCAUAUCUAUGAGGACAUCGGAGAGCUGAUGGAUGCAACCCCUGACCUUAUACUGGCUGUCAAGCCUAAAGUGCUUCUGGAGGAGGAGAGACAGGUUGGAGUGGAUGAAGGGGAAGAGGAGACGCCGUCGGGGAGCGAGGUGCCCCUUCGCCCAACGUGCACGGAGAGAGCCGAGAGAAACUCCAGAGCUCUGAGCCUACAUAACUCCAUCACAAAGAUUCUUUCAGAAACCACAGAUUCAUCAGAGGAGGAGUGGCAGUCUAUUUCUGAUCUGGCCACAGCUUGCAGGAGUAUUCUAGAAGCCCUGUCACGAGAAGACCGGAAGGCGGACGACGGGACCCAGGCAGGGGCAGACGCGGUGACCCUGCCCAGCCAGAUGGAGACCAAACUCAGAGAUAUUAAAGACAGUGAGUCCCCCAGUCACCUGGAGGAGAAGGUGUCCCAGUUGGAGGCCAUGCUGAAACGGCUACAGGAUGACCUCCAGAAGGAGAAGGAGGACAAGGCGGUGCUGCAGGCAGAGGUGCAGAGUCUGAGGCAAAACAACCAGAGGCUGCAGGAGGAGUCGCAGAGCACCGUGGCGCGCCUCAUCAAGGUCACCGAGCUGCUGUGCAACGUCAACAAGCCCUGCUAGCAGAGCGCGGCCCACGCGCAGGGACCACUGGGGAUCAGCGCAAAUGUUAGCAUGUCCUGCCAGCGUUAGGGGUCCAGACCCAGACCCUGUACAUAGUCUUAGGGAGACUACUAAGGAAUGACACAAACGUUAGCAGGACACUUGAAACGGAAGUAUAGACUUGAACCUUUGAACGUGCUUGUUGCUUGAUCCCUGCUAGUGAAAAACUGCAAGAAUGAAUUCAAUGUUUAACAAGUCCGAGCAUAUAAAGGCCACUUGGAAGGCUUGAAGACGUCCGGUAGCAUGUGCUCUAAGAUCUGAAGACUGUUAGGCCUGUAUUUGGGUAACAAGGAAAGCCAGUCUACUAGAUUGUAGAGUGUAGAUAUACCAUAUGGUAUAUGGUGUAUAUGCUUGAAUGUGCCAGUCAGCAAAGUAAGCCUAGCUGUGUUGAUAUAGACCCAGUGAACAUAAGAGCAUUCAUUACAUUUACAUUACCGCCUGGAAUCAAUUGUGCAGCUGUAUGGAAAUUCAGAAGCCUUUGCUAAGCUUUGGUUGCAUGGCUUCCCCACAACCAAGGGAAAUACCUGAGAAACUUGACCAUUUCCCAUCCCGUUAGGCCUUUAAAGUUCUUCAAGAACCAGCAGAUUUCCACAUUAUGGCCAUCUGGUCACAUGUAGAUACAAACACAGUAAGGGACAAUGGAAUAAUAUUAUUGUCAGCCACCAUCGCCUUGUGUUUUCACUAAACACACAUUUUCCAGUCAACUGGAACAGACAUUAUUCCUACCCCAAAAUGUAAUUAUUUAAUUUAAAACCUCAACUUAGGCUUGUUCUGUGCCCUCAUUCAUUCUUCACACACUUUGUUAAUGUUCCAGUUCAUCGUUACAAGAUAAAAUUCAUACUGUUAUGGUGCUGAACAGAUCUGCUGGGACAGAUUUCCUUCCGGUUUUGUUCUACAGGUUAGCCGCUAGUCCAUAACCACUGGGACAGUAUGCUAAUGCACUCUGCUAUUCAGUAUUUGAUUGGUCAGUUACA